UUGUGGUCACAGUGUGUCAGCAGCUUAGUGGUGGCCACUUGAUCAAACUGUUGACUUCAAAAAUCAUUCCCAUAUCAUUCACAGUUUACUUUUUGUGUUUGUAGUGUUCUUCAGCAUGUUUGUCAUUAGUAUCAAGGCCACCGUUGCUUGACAAACACAAACUGUGUCUCUCCAAGUCCAUGCAACAUUGUAGAGCUAUCAUUAGUCUGAUAAGUCAAGUGUUUAGGUACGAGGGUGCAAAAUGAAACUAAUUGUAGGGUCCAACUGUGUUACCCACUUUGGGUAGCACAAAAGACCAUUAAUCAAUAGCAACUAAAAUCUUUAUUCAAUUAAUUUAAACAAAAAUACUAUGGGAAUUUUAUGUGGAAAGGCUGAGGUUACUCAAUCACACCAUCAAUCAGAGUCACUUUGGUGCUGUCAAGGCUAACAAAGUGUUCGAAAAGCGCAUCGGAAAAUUCUGAAUGUAGGAAACGAGGAGAAGCAACAAUGUACACAUACGUUGAUUGAAACGGCAUUUAACCAAAGUGGCCUGCAAUUUAGUUGUUUAACUUUUUGUUCGUACGAUGCUGUUAAGAAGCAAAAAAAAACUAAGCAAAAAGAUUUACGUAUUCAAACAGAACCUGUUACGAUUGUUUAAACUCGGCAGAUUUUCAGGUAAAUUCGCUACGUGCCUUGAAAGCUCAAUAGUUUCGCAAUCUGAAGUGGCUUCUGUUUGACGAGAGCGACACACACUAUUCGGUUGAAAGUAAGAACAAACAAAAUUGACUUUUCUAAAUUCGCUGAAAAAAUACAGCAUCCGUGUUUGCUGUAUUUGGUUCAAAGGGAAAACAAUUUCAGAUUGCUGGUAAACAUGGUUUGAAGAAUCAAGUAGCCAAUAGCCAAGGAUUAACAAUAUUUGCCGUCAGAACAAAUAUACUACGCUGCUGGAGAUUGCCACUCGCUAUGUAACUAUUGUCACUGGCUGAAUCGAAUUGCUUUGUUUGUUGACUUGUCUUCGUCAGCAUUUUCCUCUUUUCUUUUUCUUUUUACCAAUAGGAGGAAUUGCAUUUUCCUAGUUUGCUAUUAACUUGGACUCUUUUAAACCACUACGUCAGUGUCAAGGAAGAACCGUUGGAGAAGACGUUCUCCUCCACAGAACUUAAUCCUUUUCUUUUUUGAGCCCAACGUCUGUAUAGUAUGUAAACAAGUCCAUCAACCAUCCCGAGUACUUUGUCUCUCUGGGUCUUGCCAGUCGGGUCAUUGACUCGCCAGUGAAAUCAGUCAUACUCUCAAUAGCGCAGAAGUCGACGGAGCCAAAACUUUUUGAAUCAAUCACAUCUUCAGAAAGCUGCUGCUGUAAUCGCUGAAGUGGAAACUAACGUGGUUGGCCAGCUCCAUCGGAUAACUAGCCCAGCUAUAGAGUUGGAGAAUGCGCACGAUAGUAACCAUAGUAACACGCUACGUGCGAAUUGGAAGAUUUUUGGGGGCAAUGAGUUUUUACGACCCAAAACACUCUGAACGCGUCGUCAACAGGAAAAAAAAAAGAAGGGGAGAGAAAAUAAAAAACAAUUCGUUAUCUGGUCUCAUAAACAUCCUUUUUGGCGCCAGAACCGAUAUCGGGAAUUAAAAAGGGGAACAAAUUCGAAUAAUCAAGAGGAUGCAGGAAUGCAGUCGGCUACGAGAGUGUGACGUAAUUUCGGUCGUGGAAUCCAUUUCAAAUGUUGUAAACGAAACCGUGAGAGUGCAUGCGUCAGCGUGUUGUUGUUUUUUAAACUCGUUUCUUUCUCUUCUCUCGCCGUCAUUCCCGAUCUGAGAACCCAAUCCUUGUGUACAUAUUUUUGGCCGAUCUCGUUUCACUCUGCCUGUUCGAUUCCAAAAGUCCACUUUCAGUUACACACGCACACAAUCAAGUUCUCGAGCUUCAGUUCGGGAGAUUUCCAAUUGCUUUUCUGGGCUUGUAGCUGCCGUCAUCGUUGAGGGUUCCGGUUUGGUAAUGGAGCGUGAUUGAGUGCUUCCUCUCUUGAUUUUUCGGGCUCAAUUAGAAGAGCCGUUGCAUCCGGACCGAAGAGCAAAAUACAUACCGUAAAAGAUGAUGGCUAAAAUGAAAUAUUCCGAAAUACCACGCGAUUUGUCUUCAGACAGUAUCGCCGCCUACAGGCUCGCCCAGGGAUCGCCUGAUCGAGACAAAUGGAAAAGAAACUCGAGUGAGGGUCGAGGUAGUCCAGAAUCGGGAACUUCAUCCAGUGAUUCUCCACCCGUCCGACUCUUUCACCAACAGCUGUCGUCACGUCGAUCCACUUCAGCAUUUCGCUCGCAUUGCCUGGGCUCGCGGAAGGAGUCGCCCGAGCCGCCCGACGAAGUGGACGGCAAUGGGGACGCUUUUGUCCGUGCGGGAUCGAGUCAUCGUCAGUGCGAAAUGGAUCAGCAGCACCGACGUUCUAGUCGACGCGGAGCCAGCCCCGCCCAACCAACUCCUUACAUGUUACACCAUUCACUGCCUCGCUCGGCCGGAGCCAAAUCGAGCAGCUUGCCGGCCAGUGCUCGGUCCGGUCUAUCGGCCAUGCUGUGCGUUGAUGGCUCAGCGAUGGAACGCCAUGCCGACUGCCCCGUGCAGUCCAUCGUCAAUGUGAGCGCGGAAAGCGUGGCUGCCCAAUUGACCCUGCUGGUCGUUCCCAUCUUUCAAAACAUCCAGCCGGAGGAGUUGACAUCUUGCGGCUGGUGCAAGAGCAACAAACUGGAACUGGCGCCAAAUGUUGUGGCCAUGACGCGCCAUUUUAAUCACGUCAGUUUCUGGACCGUCCAGGAGAUACUCAACGAAGCGAGCGUGAGGCCGCGCGCGGAAGUCGUCUCGCAUUUCAUCCGCAUCGCCAAAAAGCUGCACGAACUCAACAACCUGCACACGCUGAUGGCCGUCGUCAGCGCCCUGCGCAGCGCUCCCAUCUACCGCCUGCAGAAGACGUGGGCCGCCGUCACCAAGAAAGACGUCCAGUUGCUGGAACGAUUGGCCGACUUGUUUUCGGAUCACAACAACUCUGAGAAGCUGCGGCAACACAUGGAUUCGCUCAAGCUGCCUUGCGUUCCGUAUUUGGGCCUUUUCCUGUCCGACGUCAACUUUAUCGACGUGGCGCACCCGCACCACGGCGGCCUUGAAUCGCAACGACGACAGUUGCAGAUGAACAACUUGCUACGAAUCUUGGCCAACUACCAACAGUCGGAUUACUCCUUCCUGCCUGUCAAGAAUCACGUGAUGGAGUACCUGCGCUCAGCCAAAUACAUAGAAGAAUUGCAAAAACUCCUCGAAGACGACCAAUAUAAGUUGUCGCUGAAGUUGGAGCCUUCCACGCCGCCGAGCUCGACGGGGUCCAAAGAAUCCUUUUACGACGUCAAAUCGGCCAUGGGCCAAUUGAACGUGUCGCCCAGGAAGGCGGCUUCGGUCCGUAAACCGGCAGUGACAUCUGACGGCUCUGGCCACGGCGUCAAAUUUGUUCCCGGCCAUACGAAAUCCAGGAGCUUGGGUACAAAAUUGAGGAGCGCCAGCUUACCCCGAAGUGCGUAUCGUCAGCCCUUUACGGCAGCGUCGGGCGAUUCUUCCAUAUUCCGGAAUGGAUCUAAUCACGCGCCGUCGUACCUCAAAGAGAACGAGGCUGGCAGCGGCGUCUGGCGGCAUUCGCUGGCCAACCAUGGCUUCGAUUCGACGCUUCGCAAUUUGAUUGACGACAGUGUCCAGGAAGAAUCGACGACCACCACAUCGUCGUGUGCGAUGAACUCGUCACCACGUCAGUCACUCCACGGCGAGCUUGAUCCUUCCGCCCCCCACAACAACGACAACCAUUCCGCUCAAGGGUCGGAUCACUCUCUUAGUGGAUUGGAUUCGCCUUUGCCACCUCCGCCCAUCCGCUGCUGUUGCAUUCAGGGAUGCGUCCGCAAAAAAGCCGUUUUGAAAGAUGGCCGGCGUCCGGCCGUCAGUGCAUGGCAGAGGUAUUGGAUACAGCUCUCUGGUUCCAACCUGCUUUUUUAUCAACCUAAACACCUCCGAGGAUCCGACCGAUCGGAUUUUCGACGACGCCCCUUUAAAGCCGUUUCCAUCACCGGCUGGUCAGUGGAGCGGCACCACAGUCCUCGCCAUCCGGACUCUGUUUUAUUGAAAAACACUCAAAAGGGUGACGCCUACAAACUUCGUAUCGUCUGUCCGGACGCCAUUGAAGAUUGGCUCAAUUUGUUGACGUUGGCCAUUGAAACGCCAGCUGAGAGUUCAGACGACGCAGAGAAUCUCAUGUCAUUUGAAUGAGCCUUCGUCCGUCCUCGACUCGACAGCUGCCCACAGCUGCCGUACCGGAUAAGAGUAUAGAACAUUUUAAUGCCCAGUUGGUGUUCUCCUCGCCUUGGUCGUUGGUCAUCGUGAAACACAAGAUGAUACUCAAUGCUGGAUAAGAUAAGUAACGGGUGGGAAAUGAUUGUCGACAAUUUUGGACCUUUGCCCAGAAUUCUCCGUCACGGAAGAAAACUCCUCACUCUUAUUUGCCAUCCCGUCAGUUCCUUCACAGAUGAGUGACUGACCUUUUUUGGAUGUGUGUAUGUGUGUGUGUGUGUAUUUUUUCUCGUCAUCAAUUAUGUAAUUCUCAUAAUCCCACAUGUAUAGGUAAAAUUUUUUUUUUCUUUUGGCUCACUCCUAUCACACAGCUGCUUUCGUUUUUUGUGUGUGUAGUAAAAAAAAGGAAGAAAAAUAAUCCAGCCUUCUGCCCGGCACGCCUCCUCUUUCCUACUCGUCGUCUUAUAUUUGAAGCUCAAUCGAUUCCUCUUUAAGAUGAUUGCUGUUACUAUAAUUUUGUCCUUGUUAAAGUCACACGCGCUCUCGACGUGUGAGCGGAAUCUCUCGUUAUUGGAUCAACGUGCUCUCUCCCCCUCCCCCCCUCUUCCGUUCACGACACCGCAGGCAUCACCGAAUUAACACGGAAGCAGCACGGAUGUGGUGUUGCCUUUUCUAAAAAAAAAACAUGUUCUGGCAUUCGUUGUGUUUUUCCCCUCGGCUUCAUCGACAUGUGUUCCCUUAUUCUUGCCCCCUUCAUUUUCUGUUUGCUCCUCUACGUUCUAGUCUGUCUUGGAUUUAAGGAGAAUGACAGGACAACCCGUUUGUGUCCUUGUCUACCAUCAUCAGGAAAAAUAAUUGAAAUUAGGAAUCUGAAGGAGCAAUUCAAAAAAGUAGCAUCCGAAAUCUUGUUGUUCUCGAUCUUGCGAAUACAUGAAAUAAUUCUCGUUCACGUAA